AUGUUCAUUGGACAGAACACCAAGAACUCCGAGCUAUGGCAAAUAGCCCAAGGAGCAAGCGAGAGCCUCCGUGAUUUCAUCCAGCGUUUUAAGACGAUUUUUCCGGAGCGCGAUCACGCACAACCCCCACAGACCUUGGAGGACGCAUUACACCGAGCUAAUACUUACAUCGCCGAAGAAGAAGAAGAGGCCGCUUAUGAGCAGAACUAUUCGGCGAAGCAGCCCGAACGUCCAAAGGCCACCACUAACGAACCACAGUCGGGCUAUAACAGAGGGUACGAGAAUCGCAAGAAGUUCUACACUAAUGCCAUCCAGCAACCGGCCAGACAGUGGAAUAAUAAGUGGGUCUGCAGUGAAGAAGAUCAAGACGAGUCCUUGUUCUGCGAAUUCCAUAACCGUAAAGGACAUAGCACCGAAGACUGCAGACAUCUGCGGGAAUACCUGCUCGCGCAGUACCGAAAAAGGCAAAUCUCGCUCGACGAUCUCCGUCGCUCAAACGUUCCAAAAAGCAAGUCGCCUCGACCGAAUAACAUACCACCCGAGAACACCGUGGCCAAAGAUCCACCAGCUCCACCAGUUUUACCAGGAUUACCGCCGCCUCCACCGAAUCCACCUGGUUUACCCGAACAACCGAAGCGCAAUCGUGAUGACCGUGCGCCAGAAAAUCACACUCCCAAAGCAAGGAAGCGCGUCAACAUGAUUAUGGGAGCUAUAGAAGCCUGCAGCUAUUCGGUUCGGGCCAUUAAGGAAUACAGUAGACAGGCCGCCAACGCGCCUAAGCUCCCGCACGAUCCGUCAAAGGGAACACCUUUGAUAUUCACCGAAGCCGACACAAUCGGGUUGCACAAACCACAUAACGACGCCCUCGUCGUCGAACUACUUCUCGACGACGUAGAAGUUAGUCGCAUUCUGAUCGAUACAGGCAGUUCGGUCAACAUUAUUUUCAAGGACGCACUUGACCAGCUCGACAUACCAUCAGACAAGAUUGAGCCCUUCAUCGAGCCACUCACAGGGUUCGACGGCGAACGCUGCAUGACGGUCGGCACGGUCAAAAUCCCGAUCUACCUCGCCGGAGUUGCAAAGAUCAUCCAGUUCCUUAUUCUUGACAAACCAGUGAUCUACAACGCUAUUCUCAGCACACCAUGGCUACAUGCGAUGAAGGCAGUGGCUUCAACGUACCAUCAAUGCCUGAAAUUCCCAACUCCUGACGAUGUUUACACUCUCCGAGGAAACCAAGCCGUCGCCCGGUCAUGUUACAUAAACGAAUGCAAGCUUCGUUCGGCCAACCAAGCCUGCGUCAUCAGUUCGCAAGGUCCAACGACCGAGCUCAUUGUCCAGCAAACAAAACCCAAGUAA